AUGAAAAAUCCUCUAAUAAAUUUUCAUAAUUGCUUCUUCAUAAUCAACAUUAUUUUGUUUAUCAAUAAUGUUGAUUUUCUAGUAGAAGCAAAACAUAACAAGCUACUACACCCUCCCUUCAAAAAAUUGGGUGCAAAUUGUGAUUUAUAUGAUGGAAAAUGGGUUAUAGAUUAUAAUUAUCCACUUUAUAAUGCCAAAAAUUGUCCAUUUUUACUUCAACAAUUUGAUUGUGUAAAGAAUGGUAGACCAGAUAAAGCAUAUCUCAAGUAUAGAUGGCAACCCACAGAUUGUAACUUAACCAGGUGGGAUGGAAAUGACUUUAUGAGGAGAAUUAAAAAGAAGAAGGUAUUAUUCGUGGGAGAUUCAUUGAGCUUGAAUCAAUGGCAAUCUUUGGCUUGCAUGCUUCAUUCUGCCUUUCCAAGUCUUAAUUACUCUGUCACCAGAAAUGGACCACUCAUGUCAACCUUUUCAAUACCCUCAAAGCAAGUGAGAUUGAGUUAUGUGAGAAAUGCAUUGCUGGUAGACAUAGUGAAGGAGAAAUCAAAAAGAGUACUAAAGUUGGACUCAGUUGCAACUUCUUCAAAGCUGUGGACUGGUUAUGACAUUUUGAUAUUUGAUACUUGGCAUUGGUGGCUUCAUACUGGAAGAAAACAACCAUGGGAUUUGAUUCGCGAUGGAAAAGUCCUACAUCAAGAUAUGGAUCGUUUAAAAGCUUAUGAAAAAGCCUUGAUAACAUGGGGUAAAUGGAUUUCCAACAACAUUAAUUUCAAGAAAACUAAGGUCUUUUUUCAAGGCAUCUCCCCUGAUCAUCGCAAUGGCACCCAAUGGGGUAAAAAACCCAACCAAAUGCAAUGCAAAGGGGAACAAAAUCCAGUAAAAAAACUAAGUUAUUUAGGAGGUGAAGAUGAAGCAGACAUAUUAUUGGGGAAAAUUUUGAGCAAAACAAGAAAGCCAAUACAUAUGUUGAAACUCAACAAAAUGUCACAAUAUAGAGUUGAUGGUCAUCCUUCUAUUUAUGGAAACCCUAGAUAUAAAGGCAUGGAUUGUACACAUUGGUGUUUACCUGGUGUACCUGAUACUUGGAAUCAACUUCUUUAUGCCAAUCUCAUUUAAAUUGACAAAAAAAAACAUUAUUAUA